AUGAUCCCUUAUGCAGCUUCACUCAGUUUCAAUUUGCCAUAUAUCAGUCCAAAGAAUCAGAAUCGGGAAAUAAUAACUGAAGGUUAUGGAGCUUAUAUCUCCAGCAAUGGAAUUCAGGUGACCCCAGAUGAAAUUGGAGAUCGGAGACAGAAAGGAGGACAAGUGAGAUACUUUGAAUCACUUCAUCUUUGGAACAAUGCAACUGGGGAGUUAGCAAGCUUUGCUACCAAUUUCUCCUUUGUCAUUGAUUCAAGGCUGGAUCCAAAUUACGGUGAUGGCCUCACAUUCUUUCUUGCGGAGAAUAAUUCUGUGAUCACACGCGGUGGAGCCAUGGGGCUUCCCAUCGAUCCAAUCACCUUUCGUGCAACGAAUCGAUUUGUUGCAGUGGAGUUUGAUACUUAUGAGAAUUAUUGGGAUCCAAGAAAUUCUAACGAUAUUUACAUUGGCGAUCAUGUAGGUAUCACCAUAAGCAAUCUCACUGGUCACUCUCUCACUUCUGUUAGAUCUCAUAAAUGGUUGAGUAAUAUAACUGGUGGGGCAGAUUGUCAAGCUUGGAUCACAUAUGAUUCUGUUUCUAAAAACCUUAGUGUUUCCUUCACGGGUUUUCGAAAUAAUAGAAUUGUACGUCAGGAUGGACUUUAUUACACCAUUGAUCUAAGAAAUGUGUUAACAGAAAAGGUCAUUUUUGGGUUUUCAGCAGCAACUGGAACUUCAUUCCAAAAAAAUAACGUUAAAUCUUGGAGUUUUAGUAGUACAGAUGUACAAACUGUUGAAAUCAGCAGCCUACCACCUAAUACUGCCCCAAAUCCGCUACCACCGAACACUGGCCCAAAUCCGCUACCACCGAACCCCAGCCCAGAUCUAGUGGGUAACAAAAAGAGCAAUGUGGUAUUAAUAGUUGGAUUAUCUGUUGCAAUCACUUUUCUGGGCAUGGCUGCCUUUGUUUUGUGGAGGAAGAAGCAAAAAAACAGGGAAGAUGAAGCGAAAGAACUUGAAUUUAAUGCCGAGAUGAACACUGAAUUCGAAAUGGGUACCGGGCCUACAAGAUUCUCUUACCACGAAUUAGCUCAAUCUACUGGUAACUUUACAGAGGACGAGAAACUUGGGGAGGGAGGUUUCGGUGGGGUUUACCGAGGUUUCUUAAAAGAUUCGAGAACAUAUGUAGCAGUGAAACGGGUGUCCAAGACUUCCAAACAAGGAAUCAAGGAGUAUGCAUCAGAAGUCAGGAUCAUUAGCAGAUURAGGCAUAGAAAUYUGGUUCAACUCAUUGGUUGGUGCCACGAGAAAAGAGAACUAMUGCUUGUUUACGAGUUAAUGGAAAAUGGAAGCUUAGAUUCACAUCUYUUCAARGCAAAGAGCUUGUUGACAUGGGGCACAAGGUACAAAAUUGCYCAUGGCCUUGCUUCUGCUUUGCUAUACCUACAUGAAGAAUGGGAGCAAUGUGUCUUGCAUAGAGAUAUCAAAUCUAGUAAUGUGAUGUUAGACUCUAAUUUCAAUCCAAAGCUUGGUGAUUUUGGGUUAGCAAAGUUGGUUGAUCAUGAGAAAGGCUCACAAACAACAAUGUUGGCUGGAACCUUGGGUUACAUGGCUCCUGAAUGUGUAGUGACCGGAAAGGCAAGCAAGGAAUCAGAUGUGUUUAGCUUCGGAGUUGUUACAUUGGAAAUAGCUUGUGGGAAAAAACCCAUCGAGUACAAGGCUCCAGAAAGGCAAAUAAGAUUAGUAGAAUGGGUUUGGGAGCUUUAUGGGGCUGGGACUCUUUUAGAAGCAGCAGACCCGCGACUUGGGUCAGAUUUUAAGGAAGAAGAAAUCAAGUGUAUGAUGAUCGUUGGGUUAUGGUGUGCACACCCUGACUCAGAUAUCCGCCCAUCUAUAAGACAAGCUAUUCAAGUUCUGAACUCCGAAGCUUCUUUGCCCAUACUCCCCUCAAAGAUGCCGGUGGCGUCUUACUUGUCUCUUCCCAUUUCUUCAUCACACGGUGUCGCUUCCAUCAUCCAAAACCAGUCGUCAAGUAGCAUUGACAACACAGAUUCCUCAAAGUAA